AUGUCCGCCCAGCCGCCCCCUCAGCCCGGGGGCGCCGAGCCCCCCUCGCCCACUCUGACGGCGGCCAGCCCGCCGGACCUGCCGAGCAUCGUUUUUCUGGGUGGCGCAUCGCCCGGCCCUGGGCUUGACCCGGCCGGCGCCACUCCCGCCGACGUGCCGCCACUGGCGGACGGCGGCCUCGCACCCGUGCAGGGGCACUUUCCCACGCCGGUCGCCGGGGCCCCUGCUGCUUCACCCUCGCCCAUGGCCGCUGCCACGGCUGCCGCGACUGCCGCGGCCGCUGCAGGUGGCACGGCCGCCGCGAGUGACACGACUGCCCUGGGCGCUCCCGCGGCCGCCGCCGCCGCCGCCGCCGCCGCCACCGCCACCGCCACCGCAACAGCAGUAACCCUCACGCCCGGCAGCGCCUCCCCUCUGGACCGCCUCCUGCAUCUGGCCCGGCCAGGCACCGGGUCACCGUCCCUGGACCGGCCGAUGACACCGACCGCCACCAUGCCCGGCUACCCCUUCCACUCGCACGCCCAUGCCCCGCCGGCUGGGCCGCCGGCCGACUGGCAAUAUCCAGCCAGCCGGGUGCAGGCCCUGAAGGAUGGCGCCGAGCUGUUCAGCGUCUCCGGGCCGGGGACACUGACGCCGCCCUCCUCGGCCGAGGGGCUGCUCGGCGCCCCGACACCCGACCUGGUCAACAUCCUCUCCACUCCACGGACUCUGCCCCUUUCUGGCAUCGACCCGGCCUUCCGGACGCCGGAGCGCUGUGGCUGGUUCCCCGGGCGCUUGGGGGACCUGCCCUCGGGCCCGACGUACUCGGUGGCCAUUGGCCGGUCGCCGAUCUCGCCCGGGCUCGAUGCGAUCCUCGGGCUACCGCCGCCGGUGCCGGGCGCGCAGCCGGACACACUGCCGGACAUGCUGCCGAGCAUGCUCCCGGUCGACUUGCCCCCCAGCACCGGGCCCGAGCCGCACGACUCCGACCAGGAAGACCUCUGCUCGAGCCCGGGAUCCAGCGGGCCCCAGAAGAAGGGCAAGUCGCAGCCGGUGACCACGCUCUUCAGCGGGGUUCGGCGCAUCAUGCCCCGGCUGAAGGAGAUCGCCAUGCAGCGCGACCGCCAACAGCGCCGCAUCCCCUUCGGGGAGCUUUUCCGCCUGUCCGGCCUGUCCAAGCGCCGAGUGUAUGACAUCACAGGUGUCCUCGAGAAUGUUGGCAUCAUCUCCCGGCACUCGCGCAGCUCGCACCACGUGCACCGGGAGUACUUCUGCUCCUCGGACUCGGACGCCUCGGACGAGGAAAGCGACCUCCGCCGACGCCAGCGCGAGGUGGAGAAUGAGCUUCGUGCUGACAUUCGCCAGUCUCACGCGGCCGAGGCCGAGCUCGACCGGGCCAUCGCCCACAUGAAGACCCUCAUUCGCGAGAGCUACCACCCGGUGGCCAAGCGCCCGCGGCUGGAUGUCGACCCGUCCGACCCGGCGCCCGCUGCCUCGGGUGCUGCUGGCAGUGCACCGAGCCUUGAGGUGGCCGAGAUCCUGCGGACGGUUCCCCGGCCACCAUCAGCCCGCCGGGCUGGCAAGGCCACGGCCGCCGCCGGCUCCCCUCUUCGGUCGAAGGUCGUCCUCAUUUCGGCCCCUUCGCUCUCGUGGCGUGAUGAAGGGCUAAUCCGGGAUCAGCAACAGCAACAGCAGCAGCAGCAGCAACAACAACAACAGCAGCAGCAGCAGCAGCAGCAACAGCAACACAUGAUGGCCCGGCCGCCGCUGCCGGUGCCGCCGGCCACAGCCCCGCCGGCUCGUGGCGUCCCCGGGCCAGCCACGGCCUUGCUCCUUCUUCCCCCGCGACCGGCCACCACCGCUGCCGCCUCUGCCAGCAGCACCCCGAGCGCUGCCAUGGGCACCACUGCCGCCACUGGAGCCCUCCUGCCUGGGCAGGCGACCACACCACCGGGCGGCAACUCCGCCCUGGUCGCCGUCACAGGGCCUGGCGCGGCUGCCACGCCGACCGCCACCUCCGCCGCUUACAGGGCGGGUACCCUCGUUCGGGCAGGCGGGCCACGCGUCACCAGGCUGGACCUUGCGUCGGGCCACCGGUCCAACCAGGGGGCCUUCCGCCCCUCGCGGCUGGAGGAGAACCCCGGACCCGGGGCCGACAGCAGCGCCAGCCCGAGUGAUGGCGACGAGAGCCCCACCGACGGGGGGGAAAGCACCGACGAGGAGGGGCCCACUUGGGACGCCCGGGCCAGCGCGGUUCGCAUGAUGGAGUUCCAGGGCCACCGCCCAGUCCGGUCACUGACCCUGAUGACCGAGCCGCUGCCGCCGAUGCCGGCCAUGGCGGUGCCCGGCCGGCGGCGACCGGUGUCGGCCCGGGCCAGCGCGCGUGCCUGA